GAUUUGAUCCACGGUGCAACGGUCGGUAAGCCAGCGGCAAAUCGAUGCUACGUAACGAUGAACUAUGAAAAUGACGAUGGAACGAUGCUUACGUUCACACGUUCGGUCACAAGUGCUGGCUCGGAAUAUCGUGUUGAUGGAAAGGUUGUUUCUCCACAACAAUAUAAUCAUGCCUUGGAACAGAUAAACAUCUUCAUGAAGGCCAAAAAUUGCCUCGUAUAUCAAGGACAGGUCGAACAGGUGGCGUUGAAAAAUCCACGUGAACUGACACAAAUGUUCGAGGAGAUUUCUCGGUUU